AGUUUCUAUUGCUUUUUUUGCUUCAUCAAACCAUGGCCGCCAACCUCAACAUCUCCAAGAAGCGCAAGUUCGUCGCUGACGGUGUCUUCUUCGCCGAACUCAACGAGCUCCUCCAGCGCGAGCUCGCUGAGGAUGGUUACUCGGGCGUCGAAGUCCGCGUCACGCCGGUCCGCACGGAAGUCAUCAUCCGCGCCACGCGCACGCAGGAAGUCCUCGGCGAGAAGGGCCAGCGCAUCCGCGAAUUGACCUCGGUCGUCCAGAAGCGUUUCAACUUCGCCGAUGGCGCCGUCGAGCUCUACGCCGAGCGCGUCGCCAACCGCGGCCUCUGCGCCCAGGCCCAGGCCGAGUCGCUUAAGUUCAAGCUCCUCGGCGGCCUCGCCGUGCGCCGCGCCGCCAUGGGUGUCCUCCGCUUCGUCAUGGAGUCGGGCGCCAAGGGCUGCGAAGUCAUUGUCUCGGGCAAGCUGCGUGCCCAGCGUGCCAAGGCCAUGAAGUUCAAGGAGGGCUACAUGGUCAAGACCGGUAACGCCAACCUCGAGUACGUCGACACGGCCGUCCGCCACGUCCUCAUGCGCCAGGGUGUCCUCGGUGUCAAGGUCAACAUCAUGUUGCCGCACGACCCCACGGGCCGCAUGGGCCCCAAGCGCCAGUUGGACGAUGUCGUCACCAUCUUGGAACCCAAGGAGGAAGUCUACCGCCCGUACGUCGAGCCCACGCCCGAGACGCUCGCUGCCCAGCAGUAAGCGAUCCCGCCACGUCGUUAAGACACGAAGCAAAAAAGACUUGUUGGUUGCUA